AUCUCGCCGAGUUGCUGUUGUAUUUUCGACAAAUACACGAAUAGACGUAAACAAUUAUUAAUUAAUAUUCAUUAUUCGAUACUCAAAGAAUUGAAUUGACAGUUCAGACGCCAAGCACUCGAACCGUCGUCGACGCCCAAAUUUAUAUAACGUAUAACGAAACUCAAAAAUCAUCACAAUGGGCCUCGAGCGGACGGCAAAGCAAGUGGACGACGAAUUGGAUGGGAUUUGUCUACAAAUGGUUCAAUUAAUGGACGAAUAUUGUUCGAAUAUCGGUCGACUGGAACACUGUUUGCGUGAUGGAUGCGUGCACCUAGCUAAAAGUAGGUACGUGAUGGGCCACCGUAGCGUGUCCGACCUACAGCUACCAACGUCUGGCCAGUACACCGCUCGCUCUACAGUAGUGCGCGAAGAGGACACUAAUGUGAUCCGUUUGGCGUGCGACGAAAGCGGAGACGAUCCUAUCAAACGUUUUGGCGUGCUUGUUCCAGGUAGUCUACGCAAAGCUCAAGAAGGAUUUUGCAAAUGCUUAGAGUCCGCAAUCGAAGCGGCGAUUGUAAAAGCGGAAAUGGAAACAAUUCAGGGAAAUUAUUUAUCAUUAAAGAAUGCGAGAAGUCAGAUGACAAACGUAGUAAAUAAGUGAAAAUAAAAUAAACAUUGAUUCCUCAUAUAAUAUUAUAUAUUUAUGUUUUUUUUUUCUUUAAUAUUAAUAAAUGAAAAAUAUUUUUAAAUAAAAAAAAAGAUAAAUGUGUAAUUUAACCUAAACAAUAACAAUAAAUAUUUAAGUUUAAACUUUAAUAAUUGGGUAGGUAUUAAGGGUGAUUCUCAUUAGUUAUUAACCAUCAAUUAUUCUUUGAAAAUACAUUACAUUUUAAUUAAAUUUUUACCAUUUUUAUUAAUAUCUUAUGAUAUAAUAUAAUGUAUGAUAUGAUAUAUUUUUUUAUAAUUUUUUUCAGACAUUUCUACUACGCACUUGAUACUCUAUUAUAAUAAAAAUUCUUGUACGUAUA